CAAACCAAACAACUUUAAACAAAAUCAAAAUGUUCAAAUUCAUCGCUGUCUGCUUCUUCGCUUUGUUGGCUGUUGCUGCCGCUAAACCCGGUGUUGUAGCUCCUUUGGCUUAUACUGCUCCUGUUGCCGCUGCUUACACUUCUCCCUUGGCCUACUCUGCUCCUUUGACUUAUGCUGCUGCUCCCUCCGCCGCUGUUGUUGGUCAUGCUUCUUACGUUGCUCCUUAUGCUUCCACCUAUAAUGCCCACCAUAUUGCUCACUCUGCUGCUUUCCCUGCCGCUUAUGCUUCUGCUCCAGUUGUAGCCGCUGCCCCUGUUGCUACUCCCUUCGCUACACCACUUUUCUUGAAAAAGUAAAUCAGAGAACUGAAUUGUUGAACUGAAAUAAAUCUAAUGAUUUGAAAGACUGAA